CACACUGAGGAAGCCACGAUCAUUUACUCGGGAGGUUGUCCUCCCAGGGCUGGUCGCACACGCCGUGUGCCUUGCGGUGCCAGGAAGUUGGAGUCCAUCACCAUCCGCUUCCCGGUUCAGAGGGCCAAGAUUCGCGCUGAGAAGAAAGAAGCCUUUACUGCAUGCGGUGAGGCAUCGACCUACCAGGGCACCUACUCCGGUGUCAGCUUUCGCCCCACGGCAGAGAUUCCUUUGAUCUCAAAGGACGAGAAGGCAAAGGUCCUGCAGUCUGCCGUUCCAGAUGCGCCUGAGCUCUGGCAAGAUGUGCAUGGCAGCGACGUCCCGCUCUUCUGGCAGGAGUCAAAGCCCAUUGCCUUCUACACGGCGGUGCUGAGGGAGUACAAGAUCCAGGCUGUCUUCGAUGUCACCGCGGGCACUGGUGCCUUGAUGGAGGCUUGCCUGGGAGCAGGUGUGCUCUACCAUGGACUUUGUCUGAACCGCGAUCACAUGUCCUGGGUACAAGCUGUUGCCGACAGGGAGGGUGCCAAAGGUGUGCGCAAACACUUCAAGAACAUCUUGGAGUCCCUGGUCCCCGCGGGUCAGGAUGAUCAGGAGGAGGCGCGAGCUGCGGCAGUGAAGGCAGGACUUGCUCCUCCUGCACGCCGUGCGUUCCCCCUUUUUGUGAAGGAGAACAACAGAAUCGAGAAAGGUGGCUCCAAAAGGGCUUUUCAGAACGAGCUCAAGCGCCUUGGCAAAGUUUGGUCCCGGCUGCCAGCUGCAAGCAAGCAGCCCUACUAUGACAAGAGCAAUGCAGAGUUUGUGCGACAGCGAGAUGCCUUGGCAGCACACGGCGUCUUCUGCGGCGGUCAACAUCCGCAGAAUCCUGGCCCGGUGAUGGAGGCUCCAGUGUCGAAGACAGCGUGCAUCGGGCCGUACGUCCUGGAGGCACAUGAGUCCAGUGGAGCAGCCCCAGUUCGGUUGGGAACUGGUGCUUAUGGAAAGGUCUACAAGUGCAAAUGUUUGGAGACAGGGCGGCAGCUGGCAGUGAAAGCGUUCUACGGCCGCUUCGCUGGGGAUGAAGCAGCCCAGGAAAUAAAGCUAUACCGGCAUCUUAUUGCAAACCUUCUCCACUCGGACCUACAUUUCUUUCCUGUGCUCCAUGCUUCCGACGCAGCCUCGGAGCCCUACCCCUGGCUUGCCAUGGAGUAUGCCGGUCCCUGUCUCAGUGGCAUCUUGAGAACAAAGCCAAAGUUGCCCAGGCCAUCAGUCUUUGCAAUCGUUGCCCAGCUGAAGUUUGCAUUGAUGGCGCUGCACCAAGCAGGCAUCCUACAUCUGGAUGUCAAACCGGCAAACAUUCUGUUCUGUGAGCAGCUGCAGCAGCUGAAGCUCUGCGACAUGGGCAUGGCCGAAAUGCGCGAUGUGGCCAUGAACGAUCUGCGGUACACCGAGUACGUCACCUAUCCUUUUCGACCCCCGGAGCUACUUGACAUUGACGGGAACAAGGAGCUUCAAAGACUUCAUCGACUGCUGACCCCAGCCGUGGAUCAGUGGAGUUUUGGCUGCACCAUUUUCUACGUGGCCACCUCUAAGUCUCUCAUGGAAGGACUUGUUGGCAAAGCCGACGGGUUCAGCAAAGCAACACUGAGUGUGUGGUGUGCCAAUUGGUCGCAAUUGGCAAAUCCCAAGCAGGCCAAACGAGCCAAAUUGAGCAGCAAGGUGCAGCAGCUGUACAGUCGGCUUCAGUUGGCUGCUGAUUUGCAGGGAAGCAUUCUAAAAGCUUGCAAUCCCAAGGUCGUGAAACUUUGUCUGGCCGGGGUGCAGCUGAUCAGCCUGGCAGCCUUUCUGUUCCGCGACCUGCAGGAUGAUGCAUUCUUGGCUGCCUACCUCCUGUACCGAAGCAGUGCCGCGAAUCCCAAAGUGAAAGUUGACACCUCGGUUUACAAGAUCUUGAUGUUUGCCAACCCGCUCUUCAGCCCUGGCUGGACUGUCAUCCACACAUUUCGCCCCCAGGUCCUCCACUCGAAACGGCUUCGCUCUGCAAUGUUGAUGUUGGCACUGUUCUUCCUCAGCGAAGCCCGGUCAUCGAAGGAGCACAAACUUUGCUUGGCAGCCACUAUAGUCAAGUACUUCAAAGCAACAGGAGGCGUGCACACACGGAAAAGGUUCCUGGCAGACAAGACAACGUCGAAGCGCAACGUCAAGCAAGGUACAAGGGCGAAGGCAGAGACUGUCAUCAAGCACAACAAAGACAUGAACAGGUUCUUGCUGGCUGACGCUUUGGGUCUUGCAGCCGUCUUCGUGGAUGGAAGGCUGUCGAAGCAUUUCCAGGGCCAGCAGUCAAAGACCUGGGUGGUCUCUCAGGAUGUGCCCCACGGCUGCAACAUACAUCGGCCUGCACGGCAGCUUGAUGACAUCCCCUUCGAGGCCUCUCGUCUCAUGCCUCUGCAUAUCCUCGGCACAUUACAGUGGCUCGGACGCUUGACGGUGGGCCCGGACGACCUUCACGGCGCCUUUUGGAAUGGCACAAAUGCUCGUGUCUUCCAAUCUUGGACUGGCGGGAAGUCCGUGUCCCAAGUGCUGGAAAAUGUUCAGAGCCACCUGGAAGAGCAUCGCUUGGCUUUAAAAGCACGGAAAGCCGACACGAAAGCUCUUGCUAAGCUGCAGCGGACUCUGACACCUGCCAUGAUCUCUUGGAAUGCGUGCCAAGCAGUGACAUGUUUGUCGAAUUUUGCUUUCCAGAAGAGAAGUAAGUGGCUUGGAACCACCCGGCCCGUGCUGAACGACAAGCUGGCAGCUUUCUUGGAACGUCUCGCAGCUCUGUCAAGUGAGCGGCAGGUCCGUAGCGGCACUCAGGCCCUCAGGUCCCCAGGUCCCCAGGUCCCAGGUUCAAGUUAA